ACACUUACAAUGAUAAGUUAUACGACGUCGUUUUCCAUUCACGUCUUCAUCACCUUCAAUAGUUUAUUUUGCCGCGGUCAGUAGCCCGUCACGGCGAAAUCUACUUAUCGGAAAUACGACCGGAGAAUUUUGAUCCGGAGAUGGAGACAUAUCUGAAGAACAAGAAGUUGACAGCUUUAGGAUUUCUCUUGAUUCACGCCAUCGCCAUUUUGAUCUUCACGCGUGGGUUUCUUCUCACGCGAACAGAGCUUCCUUUCCACAGUACUUGCUCCGACGUUUCUCUCUCUCCUUGCCUUGCUUCUCCACGCUCCAAUCACGAUUCAAGCUCGGGUCAAUCUAAUCAGACUCAGCCGAAAUGUUGGACCAAACCAGUUGUUGAUCGUGUCAUCAUAAUUGUCUUAGAUGCACUCAGAAUCGAUUUUGUUGCCCCGAGUGCUUUUUUCCCAGAACCAAAGCCAUGGAUGGAUAAAUUAACAAUCUUGCAGACGCUUGCAUUUGCUAAUGAUUCAUCUGCUAAGAUCUUUAAGGCUUUUGCUGAUCCUCCUACAACUAGUUUACAGCGUCUCAAGGGAUUAACAACUGGAGGAUUGCCUACUUUUAUUGAUAUUGGGAAUAGUUUCGGUGCUCCUGCUAUUGUUGAGGAUAACUUCAUUAAUCAGUUAGUGCUAAAUGGGAAACGGUUGGUGAUGAUGGGUGAUGAUACUUGGACACAGUUGUUCCCAAAUCAAUUUCAAAAGUCAUAUCCUUUCCCCUCUUUCAAUGUUAAAGACCUGGAUACUGUUGACAAUGGAUGCAUUGAGCACCUAUUCCCAACCCUUUUCAAAGAUGAUUGGGAUGUUCUAAUUGCGCAUUUUCUCGGCGUGGACCAUGCAGGACACAUAUUUGGAGUGGAUUCCAGCCCAAUGAUUAAUAAGUUGGAGCAAUAUAAUUCAGUUUUAGAGAAAGUCAUCAAUAUAUUGGAGAGCCAGGCGGGACCAGGUGGUUUGCAUGAGAAUACUAUGCUUAUAGUAAUGGGUGACCAUGGGCAGACAUUAAAUGGGGAUCAUGGCGGAGGGACUGCAGAAGAGGUAGAAACAACCAUGUUUGCCAUGAGUACAAAGAAGCACACAACUUUGGUUCCUCCUGAGUUCGAUACCUCAUCUUGUAAACAAAACAAGGACGGGAAGCAGAUGUGUAUCAGCUACAUUGAGCAGCUUGAUUUUGCAGCAACAUUGUCAGCUUUGCUUGGGAUAUCCUUUCCUUUCGGAAGCAUUGGGCAUGUCAACCCUGAGCUAUAUGCCCUUGGUUCCAGUAGCUGGAAUUUGGAUAAGUCAGAUUUGGGCAAUUUUGGCACCCAAUCGGCUGCUAACGAGUGGAUGAAACAUUACGUUGAUGUACUUUGUGUGAAUGCUUGGCAGGUGAAAAGAUAUAUAGAUGUGUAUUCUAAUUCAUCGGUUGUUGGUUUCUCUUCCGAUGAUAUGUCAAGGAUAUCAGAUCUCUAUUCUGCAGCAGAACAGAAUUGGUCCAAUUCUGUCAAACACAUAUUGAUGGAUAGAAAUGGAGAUGACGGCAGUACAGAUAUAUCUGCCCUUCUUAAAGAGCAAAUUGCUGAAUAUUUGAAUUUCUUCUCAAGCGUUGUUGAACUUGCCCGGUCUAAGUGGACAGAGUUCAAUCUGAAUCUAAUGAUUACUGGGUUUGGGAUAUUGGUUAUAUCACUCAUCCUUCAGUUUCUUGCUGUUUUCCAUGGCGACAAAUCUUAUGCAGUGGGUUCUUGGUUAUCCACUGGUGCAGCUUUCACUCUCUUUAUAGUAACGAUUCGAGCUUGCAGCUUUCUUUCAAAUAGCUAUAUCUUGGAAGAAGGAAAAGUUGCAAACUUUCUCCUGGCAACAACUGGACUUAUCAAGCUGCGGUACUCUGUUAUGAGAAAAACAAUGCGGAAAGAAGCUUUUAUGUUUCUUGCUAUGGUUUUUGUUCUCAGAGUUUCUAUAGAUAUUGGGCUAACAAAGCAAGCUGCAACUUCUCAGUUUAUGAGUAGCUCACCAUCGUGGAUGCUAGGGAUAGCUCCAGACCAUCCAGCAUUGACAUAUGCGAUUGAAAUUGCACCAAUUCUGUCAGUGGUUAUACUCAUUUGCGUGCUCUACGUAGCCAUUGCGAAAGCACCCAAUGAGGGGGUGUGGAAGUAUGUUACUGUUGGUAGUAUGGUAAGCUACUUUUUCAUAGCAUUGCUUUGGGCUUCGGAGAGCAAGAUAUUUGGUUUGGAUCAGUUGCUUCAAGUGACGGGAGGAAGAAACCGCAUUCCUCAAACGGUUUAUGUAAUUGGAUUGGUGCAGCUCUGCCUUUUAGCUUCUGCACGUAUGUUUUGCACAGAAAAAGACAAGAAUUGGGCCAUCAGAACUGUCGCUCUUGUAUCUGCUUGUAGUUCGCCAAUAAUUCUAUUGUCGGGGAAGCAAGGAUCAAUGCUUGCAUUAGUAUAUUUAGUGGCUGGCUAUUGUAUAAUGAGGCUGGAGGGUGUAGAGAGAAGAACCAAAUCAGAUGGACAGAGCAAAUUCUCAAAACUAAAUCCUCUCUGUGUGGUGCAAUGGAGUCUUCUUUCUAUAUGCAUGUUCUUCGCCAGCGGGCAUUGGUGCGCCUUUGAUGGCCUUCGUUAUGGAGCUGCAUUUGUGGGGUUUGAUGAGUUUGUGCUUAUACGACAAGCCAUUCUUUUGACAAUCGAGACAUUUGGAUUCUCGAUCAUCCUUUCUGUAUUUGGACUUCCUCUCCUCAUACCUUUUCACUCUCAAACUCCUCAGGCUCAUGGCGAAAAGCGCCACCAGUUGUUUCAAAUGUAUAUGCUCUUUGGAGUUAUAUCUGCAACCACAGUCACAGCUACAAUUCUCUGCGUCACCAUCCAGAGAAGACAUCUGAUGGUUUGGGGUUUGUUUGCUCCAAAGUUCGUCUUUGACGUUGUUGAUCUCAUCCUUACUGAUCUCCUCAUCUGUUUGGCUUCAGCUUACUAUCUUUGA